AUGUUUCUCCGAUUACUGUCAGAUGUCCGGUGGCGGGCGGCGAACCCGAAAUGGAGAGUCAUGACCUGCUCCCAACGAAGUACUUCAAGUACAGCAGAACCUCACCCGGUUUCCUUGCCAGCACAGGCGCAGGUUGUCAUCUGUGGUGGUGGAAUCAUGGGCACCUCCGUGGCAUAUCACCUUUCCAAGAUGGGUUGGAAGGAUAUAGUCUUACUUGAGCAGGGCAGGUUGGCUGCUGGUACCACUCGCUUCUGCGCUGGCAUCGUGAGCACGGCCAGGCACAUGUCCAUAGAGCUGAAGAUGGCAGACUAUUCCAACAAGCUCUACCAGCAGCUGGAACAAGAGACUGGAGUAAGCACAGGGUACGUGAAGACGGGCUCUAUUUCACUGGCUCAGACUCAGGACCGACUCAUCUCUCUGAAACGCAUCGCUUCGUCGCUGAAUGUCAUGGGGAUACCUUGUGAAAUCAUCACCCCAAAGCAAGUGGCACAGCUCCACCCACUGAUCAACAUCCAUGACCUUGUGGGGGCCAUGUAUGUGCCAGAAGAUGCGCUCGUGUCAUCUGCCAAUGUGAGUCUGGCCCUGGCAACCGCUGCCUCACGGAAUGGUGUCCAGAUUCACGAACGGACAAGCGUCAGUCAUGUCUCCAUCCAGAAGGGUCGUGUGGCUGGAGUCGAGACCGACAGAGGACAGAUCCGAUGCCAGUACUUCGUCAACUGUGCUGGCCAGUGGGCCUAUGAGUUGGGCCACUCUGGGGAGGAACCAGUCAACAUCCCACUCCAUGCCUGUGAACACUUCUACCUCCUGACACAUCCUUUGAAGGAACCUCUGGCAAGCAACAUACCAACUAUUGUAGACCCAGAUGGCAGGAUCUACAUACGAAACUGGCAAGGUGGCAUCCUCUCGGGAGGCUUUGAGAAAAACCCCAAGCCUCUCUUCACGGAGGGACGGAACCAGCUGGAGAUUCACAACCUUCAAGAAGACUGGGAUCAUUUUGAGCCACUUCUGAGUGCCCUUCUGCGCAGGAUGCCGGAUUUGGAGGCUCUGCAGAUCAUGCAGUUAGUGAACUGCCCGGAGUCCUUCACACCAGAUAUGCGGUGCGUCAUGGGAGAGUCGCCCAGCGUGCGGGGCUACUUCGUUCUGGCUGGCAUGAACUCCGCGGGUAUCUCAUAUGGUGGGGGAGCAGGCAAGUACCUGGCAGAGUGGAUGGUAAAUGGGUAUCCGUCAGAAAAUGUCUGGCCUCUGGAUUUGAAACGUUUCGGUACCCUUCAGAGCAGCCGCACUUUCCUCCGUCACCGUGUGAUGGAAGUAAUGCCCCUCAUGUGCGACCUGAAAGUUCCCCGUUGGGACUUCCAGACUGGCAGGCAGCUGCGUACUUCGCCGUUGUACGACCGACUGGAUGCACAGGGAGCUAGGUGGAUGGAGAAGCACGGAUUUGAGAGAGUCAAGUAUUUUGUCCCACCUGGGAAAGAUCUGCUGGAUUUGGAUCAGAGCAAAACCUUUUACAAACCAGACUGGUUUGAUAUUGUGGGUUCCGAAGUCAAGUGCUGUAAGGAAGCAGUGUGUGUCAUUGACAUGUCGUCUUUUACCAAGUUCGAAAUAAGCUCCACAGGAGACCAGGCCCUGGAGAGUCUGCAGUAUCUCUUCUCGAAUGACCUGGAUGUGCCAGUUGGGCAUGUUGUGCAUACGGGCAUGCUUAAUGAGAAAGGAGGUUAUGAGAACGACUGCAGCAUCGCACGGCUGAGCAAACGCAGCUUCUUCAUGAUUUCCCCUACUGACCAACAAGUCCAUUGCUGGGCCUGGCUGAAGAACCGCUUGCCCGACGACAGCAACCUGACCAUGGAAGACGUGACCUGGAAGUACACGGCUCUCAAUCUGAUCGGCCCUCGUGCUGUGGAUGUCUUGUCAGAGUUAUCAUAUGCCCCCAUGACUCCAGAACACUUUCCCUCUCUCUUCUGCAAGGAGAUGAGCGUGGGCUAUGCUAACGGCAUCCGUGUGAUGAGUAUCACUCACACAGGAGAACCUGGAUUCAUGCUUUAUAUCCCCAUAGAGUACGCCCUUCACGUGUACAACGAGGUGAUGAACAUGGGACAGAAGUACGGGAUACGGAACGCCGGUUAUUACGCGCUCCGCAGCCUGCGCAUUGAGAAGUUCUUUGCGUUCUGGGGCCAGGAUCUGGAUGCCUUUACCACUCCUAUGGAGUGUGGACGCGAGUUCCAGGUCAAGCUGGAAAAGGGAAUGCAGUUUGUUGGCCAGGAAGCACUCCUGGAACAGAAGCAGAACGGUGUAUACAAGCGUUUUACCAUGUUCAUUCUCGAGGACCAUGACACAGAUAUGGACCUCUGGCCCUGGUGGGGGGAACCCAUUUUCCGCAACGGCCGCUACGUGGGCAAGACCACCAGCAGUGCCUACAGCUACACUCUGGAGCGCCACGUCUGCCUCGGCUUCGUGCAGCACUUCGACGAGAAGACAGGAGAAGAGCUGGUGGUGACAACCGACUUCAUCAACCAGGGCGAGUACGAGAUCGACAUCGCUGGGCAGCGCUUCCAGGCCAAAGCCAAGCUCUACCCCUUCAGCUCCCUCUUCGCACAGCGUCGCCGCAAGGACGAGGAGGAACUGAGUGGCUACCAGAGGGAGUAGUGCUGACUAGACCUGACCCGCUCCUUUUCCCAAGCUGGAGUCGUCUGCCACCAUCUUCCAGUCCUCUCUCCUCACCCCAUAUAUCUCUUUCUUUUCCUUUCCUGUCUUGCAACUUUUAAACUUUUUCCAGUGUGUUGCAUUUUGUAUAUUUUAAAACUUUCAAUUUUCGAGCUUUCCCAAUCCUGUCUGUCUCCCUCCUUCAACCCUUUGCUUGCCAGGCUCCCCCGUGCCCCAGUGGAUGAAGCACAGUGCUGA